AUGACUGACGGUUUCCACAAAUACUUUACCGUGAAGCACUCUCUCUUUUACUACCGAAGCGGCGUGAAAAAGGAGCCAAAUCCGAGGGAUCCGUUGUCCCACUUCUCGCAUGCGAACUGGGCCGACCGUCAAGAAACUUGUGUCAAUGAAUGGGGAGAUACGGUCAAGAAAACUAUCCCAUUGACUUCGUUCAUCAAGAACCUCGUUGAUCAGCUCGAUCAGAAGCGAUGGGACAAAAUCAACGCAGAAGCCUUGCCAAAAGGACCUCCCGAAUCUCCAUCUCCACCCUUGAGUUGCGAUUACGAAGAAAAUCCCCAGCUCAUAGAUGACAGUGAUGAUUCUCAAGACGACAGCGAUAUCGAGGAGGAUGGCGAUUCCUGA